AUGGACGCGCUUCAAGGCCAUGACGAUUCCGACUUGCCGUCGUAUGACUUCGAGGACUUGAACACGGAGAUGAUCAUGGAGAUCCAAGACGGGAGCACGAGCAACGUUAAGCGAACGAUGAUGUUCGUCCUCGGGUUGAAAGUUCUUUGUAUCGCUGAAGCAUGUUGGUGCUGGCUGUUUGAGCGGGCGAGAGACCGCGGCGAUCGUGAGGCGUACGUGGCACUAGGCGAACAACGUCGGCAGCUGAACCGCUUGGAACAGAUGCGCGUCUACGGUGGUGCAAAGUUCAUCCACUUCGCAUAUAGGUUGCCUCGCGGAGUUGGCGGUGUGGAGCAUGAUGAGGAAGACAUGCCUCCAGGAUAUACGGUCAAAGAGCUGGUUCCUACUACUAGUCCUCCUCCUGCCUCUGAAGCAGAUUUCAUGCCUGCCGGUUGGACGGGACAAGCAAAGGAGACGUCUACACACAAGCGUAAGGCGAGCACGACUUCGGCAGCUGUGCGAAGGUCGCCCCGACUUCACGGCGGGCAACGAUGA